CCUGCUGCAGUUUUAGUGCUGCUUUCUAGCUCUUGGGGCUUUGCUGCUAUUACUGCUACUACUGCUGCUGGGUGAGUGGGUUCCUGUACUGGAGGCUGUAGGGAACCUCUCCCUAAGGAUAUUCUUCAAGAUGGCGGAUAGCACAGACCUGGAGCAUCUGAUGAACUCCUUUAAGAAGUUUGCGAUCCACGGAGACACCAAGGCUACAGGGAAGGAGAUGAACGGGAAGAACUGGGCCAAGCUGUGUAAGGACUGCAAGAUCAUCGACGGGAAGAACGUCACCGGCACUGACGUGGAUAUCGUCUUCACUAAAGUCAAAGCGAAGACGUCUCGGGUGAUCACCUACGAGGAAUUCCAGAGAGCACUGGAGGAGCUGGCCCCUAAGAGGUUUAAAGGUCAGAGCAAAGAGGAGGCCCUAACGUCUGUCUACAAGCUGAUAGAGGGCAAGGAGCCCACUAACGUAGGAGUCACGAAAGUGGCGAAGACGGCCGCAGUGGACAGACUGACGGACACCAGCAAGUACACGGGCUCCCACAAAGAGCGCUUCGACGAGAGUGGGAAGGGGCGGGGCAAAGGGGGGCGGGAGGAGCUGGUGGAGAACACGGGAUACGUCGGCUCCUACAAGAACGCCGGAACCUACGAGGAGAAAACCAAGGCCAAGUAGACCGCCGGGCUAGGGCCAGGCGUUGUGGUCAACAGGACCACAGCAUGGGAUGUGUCCCAAAUGACCCCCUACUCUAAAUAGCGCACUACUCUUGACCAAAGCACUAUUGGGUCCUGGUCUAAAGUAGUCCACUAUAUGGGGAAUAGGGUGCCAUUUGAGACUCAUCCAGAGUCAUUAUCCCCCCCCACCCCCACAGUCGGGACCAAACCCUGAACCCCGAACUCUGACCUUUGACCCCUAACCACAGGCUUAAACCUAGGCCCUGUUCGACAGAGGCGAUCCUCUCUUAUCUUUGAGAUGUUCUGAGGGUGUGUUGUGUUGUGUUGUAAUUGGGGAUGAUGAUUGGCAUGAGGGAGGGAGAGAGCAUGUCCUUUACUCGUAGGAUGUUGUUAUAGUUAGGGAGGUUGAAAUGUGUUUCAGUCUAGAGAGGUUGAGGGGAUCUCCUAAAGCAGAGACAUGACCGAUAGAGAGGUUGAGGGGAUCUCCUAAAGCAGAGACAUGACCGAUAGAGAGGUUGAGGGGAUCUCCUUAAGCAGAGACAUGACCGAUGGAGAGGUUGAGGGGAUCUCCUAAAGCAGAGACAUGACCGAUGGAGAGGUUGAGGGGAUCUCCUAAAGCAGAGACAUGACCGAUAGAGAGGUUGAGGGGGAUCUCCUAAAGCAGAGACAUGACCGAUAGAGAGGUUGAGGGGGAUCUCCUAAAGCAGAGACAUGACCGAUAGAGAGGUUGAGGGGAUCUCCUAAAGCAGAGACAUGACCCAUAGAGAGGUUGAGGGGAUCUCCUAAAGCAGAGACAUGACCGAUAGAGAGGUUGAGGGGGAUCUCCUAAAGCAGAGACAUGACCGAUAGAGAGGUUGAGGGGAUCUCCUAAAGCAGAGACAUGACCGAUAGAGAGGUUGAGGGGAUCUCCUUAAGCAGAGACAUGACCGAUAGAGAGGUUGAGGGGAUCUCCUAAAGCAGAGACAUGACCGAUAGAGAGGUUGAGGGGAUCUCCUAAAGCAGAGACAUGACCGAUAGAGAGGUUGAGGGGAUCUCCUAAAGCAGAGACAUGACCGAUAGAGAGGUUGAGGGGAUCUCCUAAAGCAGAGACAUGACCGAUAGAGAGGUUGAGGGGAUCUCCUUAAGCAGAGACAUGACCGAUAGAGAGGUUGAGGGGAUCUCCUAAAGCAGAGACAUGACCGAUAGAGAGGUUGAGGGGAUCUCCUAAAGCAGAGACAUGACCGAUAGAGAGGUUGAGGGGAUCUCCUAAAGCAGAGACAUGACCGAUAGAGAGGUUGAGGGGAUCUCCUAAAGCAGAGACAUGACCUAUAGAGAGGUUGAGGGGAUCUCCUAAAGCAGAGACAUGACCAAUAGAGAGGUUGAGGGGAUCUCCUAAAGCAGAGACAUGACCUAUAGAGAGGUUGAGGGGAUCUCCUAAAUCAGAGACAUGACCAAUAGAGAGGUUGAGGGGAUCUCCUUAAGCAGAGACAUGACCGAUAGAGAGGUUGAGGGGAUCUCCUAAAGCAGAGACAUGACCGAUAGAGAGGUUGAGGGGAUCUCCUAAAGCAGAGACAUGACCGAUAGAGAGGUUGAGGGGAUCUCCUUAAGCAGAGAUAUGACCGAUGUGUGUUUACAGAUGACUAGAUCAGAACGCUCUGUUCACUGUCACACCUGACCUGGCCUGAGACUGUACAUAGACCUGUGAUAUACAAUACCUUUACCUUGCUUUUGUCUUACAUGUUGAGUUGCGCUGUGACGUUCUGAUGCAAGAGUUACUCUGGAAUUUAAUUAAACAUCCACCCGUAAAGUAAACGUCGCCGAGACCGUGAUUAGACAAAAACACAUUCUGGUAAAAUAAUCUGACAUUGUGCCAUGUUCAAUAGGCUUCAACCAUCACGAAUGUCCUCUUUUGGUUUGAAUUGAGUUCACUUUCUUACAGUAUAUUUAAUCUUUCUUACAGUAUAAAAACGUAUCUUAGACUCAUAGUUUCAGGGUUCAUCUUUAGAACUAUAGUUUUAGAACUAGCCUAACUUUUUAUUUUGAGGCUAUUUCUUAAUGCAUUGCUCAUUGCUUUCAAACGUUUCAAUCUAUUUUCUCUCUUUUGGUUCUUUGAUUUAUUGUUUGUUUGGUGUUGCAGAAACUGGACGACGGCUGCAUUGAAGGGGAAUUUGUUGUAUAAAAGUGGUAAUAAAAUGUUUCUCUUUA